UUCCUCUUGUAGGUGCGUACCUGCGAUUUCUUCUUCUCUGUUGCCCCCGAUUCAGAUUUGGAUACUUGGAUUUGUCGGAUUGGGGGUUGGGUUGCAGUGGGAGGAUUGGGCUUCCGUUUGUUAAUCGAUUCUUCGUAUUCGAAUUGCAGGAAUCAAGGUCAAUUCCGACUUGUGGCCAAAUCCAAGGAAUCAGAUCUGAGUAUUGGCGCGCCGGUUGUUGUGUAUAGGAUGCCAUUGUCGAAGCCAAGUCGCGGUGAGCGUGAUGCCCCUCUUACGUCAAAGCCGACGGGGCAGCAGCAGCACCUUUACCUCAUCUUUGAUGACUGGGAGUUGGGCUACAGCAUCCGCGAGCUAACCUUGUCGGAUGCCGGCGCUGAGCAGCGGCAAAGCUUGCCGCCUCCUUUCAUCCGCUUGGAGGCCGCGCGUGGGUGUCCCGAGUUCUUCGCCGCCGUUGGCACUAAGAUCCUGGCGACGCAUCCCAGGGAUGAUUUUGUCGACCCUCCGGUGCCCGGUGGCAUCCUGCCCAUCGUCGACGUCCGCUCGCGGGGCGUCAACUUUGCCCCUGGGGAGUUGUAUCCGGAGGAUCCCAUCUACAUCCCCGUCGGCGACGAGGAGAUAUUCGCUCUGGACAUGGAGACCUUCAAGACGCUCUCCAUGAAGCCGCUCUGGCCCCCGCGGCUGGAAUUUGAAUACCGACACCAGAUCGGCGAGUGGUCGUGGCGCGACCUCCCGAUGCCGACAUUCAGUAGUAUGGACGUCACCUCCUACGCCGUGGACUCGGAUGGACGGACCAUCCUCGCCAGCACCGCCGCCGCGACCUUCGCCUUUGACACCCUGCAUCAAGAGUGGAAAAAGCGCGUCGAGUGGCCGCUGCCAUUCUCCGGCCACGCAAGCUUUGUCCAUGGCCUGGACGUCUUUGUUGGGCUCCCAAAAGACGCAGACGCCUUCAAAGGCCACCUCUGCUUCUGCAGGUGGUUAGGCGGUGAUGAUAAACAUGUGUGGUUCAGCGAGGAGAAUCUGUCAAGCAAGGACCCAGAUGAGAGUCUUUUAGGCACUACACUAGUCUACUUGGGAGAAAGCAGGUUCUGUCUUGUGGAGUCAUGCGCCAGCAAUGGGGAUGUGCACAAGUGGCUGGAGGAGUGGAAACAGCUGGAUCAGACAGACAAAUGCCCCCUAAGCUCAUGUUGUCGUUUGACGACAUUCUCUCUCAGCUCUGACAUGAAUGGAGACCUGACGGCUGCCAAGAGUGCGGUGCAAUCCUACGAGGUGCCUGUGGAAGCACCUUGCAAUGUGAAUCCUGUGGCAUUUUGGCUUUGA